AAUCCGGACCAGCGUCCCAGGGCUCGGUUCGCUGUGUCCGGAGUUUGGUCCCACCGCCCCCGCCAUGGGUCUGGAGCUCUACCUGGACCUGCUGUCCCAGCCCUGUCGCGCCAUCUACAUCUUCGCCAAGAAGAACGGCAUCCCCUUCGAGAUGCGCACCGUGGAGCUGCUCAAAGGCCAGCACCUCAGCGAUGCCUUUGCCCAGGUGAAUCCCCUGAAGAUGGUGCCUGCUUUAAAGGAUGGGGACUUCACCUUGACAGAGAGCGUGGCCAUUCUACUCUACUUGACACGCAAGUAUCAGGUCCCUGACCACUGGUACCCUCAGGACCUGCAGGCUCGUGCCCGAGUGGAUGAGUACCUGGCGUGGCAGCACGUGACCCUGCGGAGAAACUGCCUCCGGGCCCUGUGGCAUAAGGUGAUGUUCCCUGUGUUCCUGGGUGAACCUGUAUCUCCUGAGGUGCAGGCAGCCACACUGGCUGAGUUGGAUGUGACCCUGCAGAUACUUGAAGACAAGUUCCUCCAGAACAAGGCCUUUCUUGCAGGGCCCCACAUUUCCCUGGCUGACCUGGUAGCCAUCACGGAGCUGAUGCACCCCGUGGGUGCUGGUUGCCAAAUCUUUGAAGGCCGACCCAAGCUGGCUGCAUGGCGCCAACGCGUGGAGGCAGCAGUGGGGGCGGUCCUCUUCCAGGAGGCACAUGAGGUCAUCCUGAAGGCCAAGGACACAGUUUCACUUGCAGACCCUUCUGUAAAGCAGAAGCUGAUGCCUAGGGUGCUGGCCAUGAUCCGAUGAGACAGGAAGCCUUGCGCCUGCUCUGCCCUAGGUGGUUCACAGAGCACCUGCAUUUCACUGUUGCACAGGAGGCAGACCCAGAGAGCAGAGUUGACUUGCCCAAGCCCCAUCAGUCCUCAGCCCGGUUCCCCAGCCCUACUCCGUCUUCCACAGUUGCCUGAAAGCCAUGAUGAGAAUGGCACAUCCAGACCUGGUCUCCUUUAAUCACUACAUUUCGUUUUCAGUUUGGGAAAUAAACCUUGGCUUAACCUGAGCCUCUGCUCCUA